UGGGGCGCGCAUGCGCAUUAUGCACCCUAUGAAUACCUGGCUUAAACAUGCGAGCAUUUUAGUAGCAAAAUACCCUCAUUGAUCUUAAUUCUUAUGACAUGUAUGAACAUGCAUCAUGAAGAGGCUUGGCAUCUGCCUGCUGAACAUCUCAGAAGGCAGGAACCCUAAGGUGGUGGAGGCUGUCGCUCGUGCUGCCGUUUCCACUGCUCAGGAGGUGACUGUAUCCGAUGCUGAAAUAGGUUUGCAGUGCAAAUCGACAGUACUAAACGUCUUUUCCGAUUACGACUACAAUCGCUCAGUGCUGACGAUAGCGGCACCGCUCAAGUAUCUGCAAGACAGCAUUUACAACGCAUGCAGGGAAGCCUAUGGACAGAUAGACCUGGGCAAGCAACGAGGUGUUCAUCCCCGGCUUGGUGCUGUUGACCUGCUACCCAUCUAUCCUCUGUCCAGGGACGUCCGUGUAGAGGAGUGCGGUGUGAUUGCUAAAGAAAUUGCAUCGACUUUAGCAGUGGACAUUCCGGGUACCUCAUUCUUUCUGUUUGGUACGUCCGACGUUCCCCACAACAGAGAUCUUGUGGCAAGGCGCAAGGAAGUUGGUUGGUUUCUAGGCAGGCAUCAUACAGACUAUGGGAGUCUCCAGUAUGAUCUUGGGAGCAGACCGUCAGCGAAAUACGGGCUAACAGGUGCAGGGGGAUCUCUGUACGUCACAAAUUACAAUGUUUCCUUGGCAACAAGUGAUGUCUCCAUCGGCCAUGAGAUUGCCCAGAGGAUUCGCUCCACUACCCCAGGUGGUCUGCCUGGUGUGAGAGUGAUGGCAUUCGCCCACGAGGGAAAUGUUGAGAUAGCCUGCAAUGUGGAGAACAUACCCAUGGAUGCCGCCGAAGAUACACCUUGCUCUGAGCCAACUGAAUCGCAAACGUCGACUACCAAAACCCACCAAACAGAUUGCAGUGCCCUUCCAAGUGACGCUCCACAAGACACCUAUCGCCAGAUACGCUACACAUCGCCCGCAGAGAUAGAAGCCAGAGUGAAGGAUCUGGCGUCUGAGCAUGACGUCGGACUUGUGGGAACCUCGAUCAUUGGCUUCACUCCACACGAGGCGGAGGAGUUGGCUAUCCACGCCUUGCAGACAGGGCAGACCGAGCUUUGGCGUACACGCGUGCCUGGCACUACAAUGUGAACGAUGACUACUUAAUGAACAGUGAAAAUACAAACGAUGAAUAUGAUCGUGAAGAUACCAAAGACAACAAAUCACCGAGCCCUAUUUUUUCCCAAACAUUCUCCCACAAUUCCAGCAACAUGCAACUAGAAUUGCUCAUUUAAAUUUGGUAUUUGAAUUGUCACUUCUUGUGAGUCAAGACUCAGCUUUUAAUGAAAUAUAUUUCAUGUAGCAACUUACGGCGUAAAUGAAAUCUUUUUAUACUUUUAUUGAAAUAAUUGUGUUUUCGAUUAUGGUUCAAAGACACCGUUCACUUUCCAAAAUUUGAAUCGUUUCAGCUAUCAACACUUGUGAUCCAUAUGUUUGUUUUCCACUCUGAGAUACAUGUAUGGAACAAAGCCAAGUUAUAUUCUCAAAAAAGGAUUGGAUGGUACAGAUGCAUCCAUAUGUUUUAUGCAUUCCUACCUGAACAUCCAUCAUGUUUGGCAAAAUCUUUAGAAAUUCAUAAAGUUCUAAUAGAUGUGUUGAAUAUCUGACAAUAAUGGUACCCGGUAACGUGGCUGCCACUCACCCCACUGUGCACUUUUAAGGAACAAAAAGAGGACUGAAAAAGAAAGCGGUUAUUAGAACUGCACGUGUGGCAAUACACGCUUCGGUAAACACAAGGAUCCAAGGAAUGCCAUUGAUGGCUAGGGAAUGGUGCCAUCAACUCCAAACUCCAUGAAUAGAACUGAAUUUUACAACACACUGGCCAGGAUUCAUGGAUGAUUGGAUUCGAAAAAGGCCGCCUAAAAAGUGCUUUCCAUAUAGCCCUGUUGAGUUUUAUGACAGACAAAUUUAACUGAAAACUUCAAACAUCCUUAAUCCUAACGGUCCCCAGUGCCCCAAUUUCAAUGUGUUUUUUUUCCCUACAUCCUCAGGGUUAAGGUUAAUCCUUCAACUCAUUUUGUAAAAAGGAAUCAGAGAUUACCUUUGAAAAUGAGGUUAUUGCAUUAAAAAAAAUAAAGAAAUUUUGUAAAAAUCAA